AUGUCAGCAGGUGCUCCUCUCUCCUCGUUCGAUCCCAGCUCCUCUCGAGUCGUCGCCCCUUCGGCUCCUGCUGCGAUGCUGAGCCCACCUCCGGCCCCACCCGCAGCGGUGCAGGAUGAGAAGCGUCCCUCGCCGCCGAUGAAGGUGAAGCUGCUUUUUCCGUACGCUGUGUCCUGCGUGUUCGGCGGCAUGGGCCGCGCCUGGGGCAUGGCUAUGGUCGGGCUCCACGCUGUGCUCUGCAUCAUCAAGGUCCUCUCCUUCACUACAGAUCCCGAGGUGGCCCGCUUCUGGGUACCGAUCUUCAGCGUCUGGGUGUACCUCGGCAUCGCCGCGAUCGUGCUCAUGACGUGCGUGAACAUCGUCUACUACAUGCCCGUGUAUGGGGUGUACGCCAUGAAGUACGAUCUGCCGCCGCAGCAGCCGGCGGCAGCGGUAGUGGCGACACCUGAACAGCUCCCACCUCCUCCUCCGGAGAUGGAUAUGUGUUAG